AUACGUCAAUUAUUGAAGCCAUUCCGCGGACAAAGUUCAGUGUAGCAUAAGGCUCCGUGUCUCUCUCUCUCUCUCUCUCUCUCUCUCCCUCUUUAUUUCACUUUCUCACUCUCUUUAACGUGUCAAACCCAAAAAAUGAAUUUCCCGCAUAGAAAAACGCCAUCACCUCGAUCUUUGAUGAAUCAGGACCCUAAUCAAAAAUAUGGACAACAGUACAACUUUCCAUUUGUCGAGGGUAUUAACACAUACCGCGAUAUAGUAAAAAUCGGCGAGGGCACGUUUGGGGAAGUGUUCAAGGCUAGAAAUAAGUACACGCAACAGAUUGUGGCUAUGAAAAUGAUUCGGGUGAACAGGGCUAGCAAAGCUUUGUCCAUCAUGGCGAUUCGAGAAAUCGCAAUUCUGCAGCGAGUCAAUCAUGAAAACAUGAUUCAUCUAAUCGAGAUCUGCAAGUAUCACGCGGAUUUCUUCCUCAUUAUGGAUUUCUGCGAUCAUGAUCUCGCCGCAUUCCUGUCCAACAAAAACGUGACAUUCAAAUUGGAAGAGAUAAAAACGAUGCUCAAAAUGUUGCUCAGCGGGCUGUUCUACCUGCACUUCAACAAGGUCCUCCAUAGGGACCUCAAACCGGCAAAUAUUCUUCUGACGAGAACCGGCAUCUUGAAACUGGCAGAUUUCGGUCUGGCGCGUCCCUUUAGCACAUCAACCGCCGCUAAGCGGAACUGCAUGUCCACUAAGGUCGCUACGCUGUGGUACCGAGCACCGGAAUUACUUUUGGGAGACAGGGACUACGGACCACCGAUCGACAUGUGGUCAGUGGGUUGCAUCAUGGGUGAAUUUUGGAUCAGGCAUCCGUUGAUGGCCGCUACCUCCGAGCAGGGGCAGUUGAAUAUGAUCACCAGAUUGUGCGGAUCGAUCAACCCAAGCGUAUGGCCAGAUGUCACUAGAUUACCACUCUUUAACGUUGUCAAACUUCCUCAGUGCGGCUACGAUUGGAAGGUAUACGCAGAUUUGUGGCACUGCAUUAAUAAUGCCGAGGCAUUUGACCUGUUGUAUCAGCUUCUAUGCCUGGACCCGAGCAAACGCAUCAGCGCUUAUACUGCUCUGUACCACUACUUCUUUCGGACAAAUCCUCUGCCGUGUGAUCUCAGAGCGAUGAUGAGCCGGUACAAUGAUAGACCGAAUUUGACAUUCUUUGUAAACCGCUCCCCUUGACAUAUCGCAUAUAGUAUGCGUAAUUAUAAUCGACGUUAUAUAAUGGAACAGGAGGCAAUAUACAAUUAUACCAUCGUAAUAUCCGUAUUACAUUUUAGAAUAUAUUGGAUUUUUUUAAUGAACUGUAGACGCGAAGAAUAAUUGUAUAUUUGUUUGUAUGAGAUUUUGUGAAAAUAUUUAUAAUAUAAUGUCAAUGAGUUAAUUGUAUGUUUGUUGGACGUUGUAUAUCCAUACAUGUGACAAUAAGUUUUUAACAGCAGAUAUUGUUGUAGAGUAACCCUUUUCAUUUUAAAUACAAAGAUCAGUUUUUUUAG